AUGAGGGAAGUCAAUUUCAGCAUCCCGAACGUCAACAAGGCGUCGGUGGGCAUCACCACCGCCCUUUACGACAGACGAGCCCUCGACUGCACAUCCACGCUACCUCUGAUCAACUCUUUAAAUCACCUGGCAUAUCUCACGACCUCCUCUGCUCGCAUUCGAGACAUCCUCACCGUCGAUGGAGGCAUCGAGCGCCUAAUAUGUAUCCUCAAGCAGGGCAGGAGCAAGGACAUGAUGGACAUGUGGAAAUGGAACCUGGCUUUUCAAUGUGUCGUCAACAUAGGAGUUAGAGGCACCGAGGCCGUCCGCACCAGGGUCGUCGAGGCCGACAUGGUCCCCGUCAUCGCCACAAUCCUCGACAAUUAUAUCAAGGUUACAGAAAAAUUGAGGGAAAAGGAAGAAAAGAAGAAGCGGCUGCAGGACCACCCCAGCCGGUCCAGGCACGACCACAGCGGCGUCUCCAAGUCUGGCAGCUUUUCCAAUCGGUCGGGGCGACUAGACGUGGACCACAGAGCUUUUCGACGACAGGCGCCUCCGCCCAGUAUCGACAUUACCUCCGUAUCCUUCCCUGCUGGUGCCGGCCCUUCGGCCCCAGCUGAGCAACCGCAAGCCGACAUCACACCCACCAUCUCGCAGUAUCCUGUCACAACUCCUCCGGAGCGGCCACCGUUCCACACCCACCGCCACCACCACCAUCACAGAACUCAAGAUCCGCGACAACACGCCACCAACCCACCUCGCCAAUCCCUCCAGCCGCUUGCGUCCACGGUUGCCAACGCGGACAAUGACACUUUUAUCCGACCAGUGCGGGAUGUUGAUAGGCUGGCAUCCAUGAUGCCUUUCGGCCUUCACUCAUUGUCUUCGCAGCCGACCUCGCCAACAACCCCUCUCCCGCCCCCUCAAAUGAGGUCUCCGACCGUCCGUCCUGCUUCGGGCCUGGCACAAGCCUCAAGAUCUCGGCGUCGUCCGUCCAUACGUCACCAGAACUCCACCGCCGACUCGGACGACCUGAACGGCGACAGCAUGCAAUCGGAUGACUCACCCGAUGCCGAAAUGUCGGGAACUGCUGACAUCCAGGACGUUGGAAUCCAGGACAUCAGCAUGGAGGGCGAGGACAGCAUACUGGCCGAGACCUCGAUCGAUUUGACACCCCCGAAUGGAUCAGAAACUCAGCAAGAUGGGACUUUCAAUAUCACGCACCGGACGCCAAUGGACGGGAGCAUAAUGAACACCACUCCCACCCCUGGGCCAACACUUGGCUUGUCCCCAAACAGGCCUCCAAUGGUCAGCCCUCCGCAGCCAACAAUGCCAACCGCCAGCGUCCCGCAUUAUCUCCUCGGCCGUCAGAUGAACCCCAAUCCGCAAAUGAUGGCCGCCAUGCCUCGUGAGGAGGACGUGCUCAUGUCUCUACAGCUCCUCGCCUAUGUCUCCAAAUACUGCAAUCUCCGUACUUACUUCCAAAAGAGCCAUCUGGUGCCGCGGUUGAAAAUCGGAAAGGAAAUCACAGCUCUUGAUAACGAUGACCUGCCGAUGGAGCUGUCCGACGACGAGGAGGAGUUUGAGGAGGAGUACCUUCUGCCCAACGACCUGAACAUUUUUCCCUUGGUCGAGAAGUUCACGGUCCGCUACCACAGUACAGACAUGCAGUACUGGGCCGGGGUCGUUAUGAGGAACCUGUGCCGAAAGGAUGACACUCGGGGCGGCAUCCGUCAAUGCGCUUAUUACCAGUGCGGGAAGUGGGAAGAGUACACCCGCCAGUUUGCCAAAUGUCGGCGAUGCCGGCGAACAAAAUACUGCAGCAAGGAGUGUCAAAAGAGCGCCUGGGCUUUCCAUCGCCAUUGGUGUGUCGCUGCAACGCAAUGA